AAGAACAUUUCAACGUCACUCAAGUCCUGAGAAUUGAUUGCAACUGAUCCAUUAGUGAAAGCGAGAAAGAGAAAGAUAAACACGUUGAUUGUGAAGAUGAGUGUGGGUCGGAUCAGCCGCUACAGCAUCGUGUCGUCGGAUGAAGAUGCCCUGCGCCUGACCACCAUGCAUGGCGGGGGAAUGAACGGCUACGGCAAUGGCAAGAUCCACACGAGGAGGAAGGGGCGCAGCCGCUUCGUGAAGAAGAACGGCCAGUGCAACGUCCAGUUCGCCAACAUGGACCAGAAGCCUCAACGCUACCUGGCCGACAUCUUCACCACCUGCGUGGACAUCCGCUGGCGCUACAUGCUAAUCGUCUUCACGCUAGUCUUCGUAGUGUCCUGGCUGGCCUUUGGCCUGGCCUUCUGGGUUAUCGCGCUUCUCCACGGAGACCUGGACAACCCGGCAGGCGACGACAACUUCACUCCCUGUGUCCUGCAGGUCAACGGCUUCAUCGCUGCCUUCCUCUUCUCCAUAGAGACCCAGACCACCAUCGGCUACGGCUUCCGCUGCGUGACGGAGGAAUGCCCGCUAGCCGUCUUCCUGGUAGUCUUCCAGUCCAUCGUGGGCAGCAUCAUCGAUUGCUUCAUGAUUGGCGCCAUCAUGGCCAAGAUGGCCCGUCCCAAAAAGAGGGCGCAGACCCUCCUGUUCUCCCACAAUGCCGUCAUAGCAAUGCGGGAUGGCAAGUUAUGUCUGAUGUGGCGCGUCGGGAACUUGCGCAAGAGCCACAUUGUGGAGGCGCAUGUCCGUGCCCAGCUGAUCAAGCCCAGAGUGACCGCGGAGGGGGAAUACAUCCCACUGGAUCAGCUGGACAUCAACGUCGGUUUUGACAAGGGCCUGGACAGGAUAUUCUUGGUUUCGCCGCUGACCAUCUUGCAUGAGAUCGACGAGGAAAGCCCUCUGUUUGAGAUCGGCAAGCAGGACCUCGAGACGGCCGACUUCGAGAUCGUGGUGAUCCUCGAAGGUAUGGUGGAGGCCACGGCGAUGACCGCUCAGGCGCGAAGCUCCUACCUAGCCAGCGAGAUCCUGUGGGGCCACCGCUUCGAGCCGGUGCUUUUUGAGGAGAAGAAUGAGUACAAAGUGGACUACUCCCACUUCCACAAGACCUACGAGGUGCCCUCCACGCCACGCUGCAGCGCCAAGGACAUACUGGAGAGCAAAUACCUGGCAGCGCCCGCCGCCAACUCUUUCUGCUACGAGAACGAGCUGGCCUUUCUCAGCCGCGAAGAAGAGGAGGAGGACGGAGGAGAGCGAGAGAGGGCGCUGAGCGUCAGUCCCGAGAGAACCACGCAGCGGCACGACUUCGAACGGCACCUGCAGAACCCCCAGCGGAGCCUGGAGCAAAGGUCCUACCGCAGGGAGUCCGAGAUAUAG